AUGGGAUUGGGCGGCCACGAAGCUGCGGGCCCGGACGCUACUCGUGGUUAUGACGUCCAGGAAUAUGGAAAGAUUUGGCAGGCGCUGGCACAGGAGAAGCAGUGGCCCAGUGUGCAGCGAUUCUCUGUCAUCGGACCAUCUGGCGCCGAGUUCUUGGAGACAGUGAAGGGUGUGGUGUCUAGCACCACGGGCGAGGAACCGGAGAAGAUCGAAGUGGUGGCGAAGACGCGCUUUCAAUCUGUUCGUUUGGAUGUGCGGUGUGCGUCGCCUGACGAUUUCUGUUUGCUCCACAGCCGGCUGAAGAGCAUACCGAAAGCCAGCUUUGUGAAGAGCGAUGACAUAUUCUCUGUCCUGCUAAACACUUUCGAUUCGAUGCCAACCUUUCCGCAGAGUGGAAGCACCUGGGCCGCCGAGACAGGAGCAAAGGUAUCCGAGAUGUCGCUGGCGGUGAAGGCCGGCACGGCCAAGCCGGGCCUACAGAGGCUUGGACAGGUCCGUGCCCCGUCUGGACACUUUGUGCCCGAGAGUCACCUGAACGAACUGGCAAGGAUGCUGGACAGCACCUCCGCCGUUAGUGGCUUCCGUGUAAGGCGGAUUGGCAUCAACGAUUCCGUAUGGCUUGUCACGUGCCCUGCCAACCCGGAGGGCUGGAUGAUCAAGAAGGUCCCAGCGCGCCGGCGAUACUCGGGCGUGCCGACGGACGUAGAAAACUGUGAUGCGUUGAUCCGCAAAUUCCCGGGCAUUGUCGAAGAUCAGAGGUUGGCCUUUCCCCACAGCGUGGUGGCGAUCCACUCGCUGUCUGCUCCGUGGAGCAGUCAGGCCAGCGACCAUGUUGCAGACCUUCUGGUGUCGCGAAGAGUUCCCGGAGACCAGCUAGGUGUGUACCUGGCAGAGCUGGACUUAACGAAGUCCCAGGACCAAACCGCUCUCGAGGAGGUCUGUGCAGGAGUCGGCGAGAUGCUGGCAGACUUCCACGCCCGCUACGCUGACCCGGUCACUGGCGAGGCCACGUACCACACGGACUUCCACCCCAGCAACGUCCUCUACGAGAAGAAGACUGGUACCCUCAGUAUCGUAGACUUGACGGGUAUGGGGAACCCCGGCGCCGGCGAUGAUGUCCAGAAGUUCGAGAGGCUCAUUUUCGGAAUGGCCGGCGAGCGCUAUGCCUUGGCAUUCCGACACCGGUAUCUUGCUAUGGCCAAGACCAGCGUCUGCAAGACCGAUAGAAGUAGCAGCAAGUCGACUUGCGCGAGCAGCACGGACGCGUUGUGGGCUGUGCCGUCCUUUCAUUUGCCCGCCCCACCAACGCGGACGGGAAGCUUCAAGACGCUUUCCUCGCUGGCGGUUCCCGAGUCCGGCUUCAACCCGGACAAGCAUCUCACAACCCUCGCCUUCAUGCUGUCCCCUGGGCGCGUGUGCGAGCCGCAGCUGACGCCUCUCUCCUCGAAAGCCAAGGCUUGGGUUCUGCGCCAGGGCAGCGCGAAUGAGUGCUGGGUCGUUCAGCAGGCGAGCCCACUCUUCGCAGAGCGUUGUGAAGAGUUCGUCCGGCUGUGUCCUUCUAUCUUGGAAGAUGCCCAGCUGGCCUUCCCACACUCUGCCAUCCCAUUGCAGGCGCACCAGAAGCAGGUGGGGAGCCUGCUAGUGGCGGAGUGUUCAUGCCGUACCACUCUGGAGCAGUACGCUGCCACUUUGGAUCAGACCACCAGCGAGGACCAGGCGAAGCUUCAAAAGGUUCUCACCAAGGCGACCUUCAUCAGCAUGAAGACAACCGAGCCGGCAAAGAAGCGCUCCCAGAGUUUACCAGCGCUUCCAGGACGUUCCGGAGCCUCUUCCACCACAGACAAGGACAGUGUGGGGCAGGUUCAACGCUACCUGGACCAGUUGAUGGACCGGGCGGAGAACCUGCGCCCUGAGGAUCAAGAUGGGCAGGAUGAGGAGCAAAUGGCUCCCGAGCGCAACGCGGAAGAGGUUCAAGAGGAGGAGAACAAAGCCACCAGCCAGGGGAGCCUUGGGCAUCCCGAAUUGUGUCGACGGCCCUGCAUUUACCUUCAAAAGGGCGACUGCGCAGAGGGAGCCAACUGUGGCUACUGCCACGACGCGCACCACGAGCGAUCCAAGAAGCUGGACAAGAGGCCGAUGGAAGG